GUAAAUAAUGGAAACUACUGUUGUGAAACUACGCUCAAAUGCAGUUAAAAUACAAGGAUGCAAUACCACAACUACUGAUGACUCAUGUUGCAAUGUGGCGCCAUCGCCUCGGCCUCCGCCGCCAACUCAAAGAGAAAAUAACCAUGUAAUUUCACUCGCAGAUGUCGACAUUGUUGAAGUAUCGGAGACAGAUCUUCAAACUCGAUGCAUACAAGUGUGCAAUUUUGAGACUUUACCAGAAACCGUGUUGAUGCAAGUUCUGUCCUAUUUAUCUGCGUUCGAGUUACUCCAAUUAUCAGCUGCGAAUAACAGAUUCCGCCAACUGAUCUUGAACAGAUGGGAACUGUGGAGAAAUUUGUUGCGGGGACAGCAGGGAUUGAAAUUGUUCAAGUACAGGAUUUUCGUGAAGCCACAAAUCCACUGCAAUCACUGCUCUGCUGGUGCUUUCCAGACAUCGCCUACCUGUCCAAGUCAAGCACUGAACUUUCCAAAAGAGACCAGAGAUCUGCUGGGCACAAUUGAGAACCCUGAUUGGCUACGGGGCUACAUCAAGACCUACGGCCUCAAUCAAAACUGGAUGACUGGCCGCUACCACCCAAUCAGUUCCAGGUGUCACACUAAACACGUGACAGGAGUAGUGGCCACCCAGAACAGUGUGCUCUCCUGUGGGAAGGACGGAUAUGUAUUCAUGUACAGCCGAGAUUUCUUCGUCCACUAUAAACUGAUCAGUAUGGAUUGUCUGCUCUGUAUGCAGUUAAUCGGACAGUCCAUGAUAUGUCUCGUUGAUACAAAUGGUUUUCUGCAUUUGGUGAACGUACCUCCGAAGCUGCCCUCCAACCCAACGGAACCACCAGUGUCCAAAUUUUGGACUUGUCCAAUCGCAGAUACAGACACAAAAUCCCUGAUUUUGAGCGAUCUAGAACCAUUUCCGACAGAAUUCUCUGAAUCAUUUUGUAACGAUCGAGAAAACUUACAGUUCGUUUCUUUACUUGCGAUUUGUGUUAGCCACCACAGCAGUGUUAGUGUAAUAAGGAUCGUAUUUAAUUUGUCUCAAAGCGAAACGGAUCAAAAAGAAAGCUGGCCAAAUUUGGACUCAGUUGUAGCUGUGGACCUCGUGCAACGUUUCACACUGGCAACUGACGAUACAGAACGCGUUUUCUUGUUUUCAUGCGGAGCUUUCGAUUUGAAAUCGGAACUGGACAGUGACAAGAUGUUAUUUGUCUCGUCAUACGAGUGUCCUGUAGUCAUCUACCACCUCAUGACUGCAACUUGUCUUCUGAAAAUUAGCAAUGUUUGUGAUGUGUGUUAUUGUGGCACGUUCGAUCCCUCCAGGAAUACAUUUUACACUGGCGGAGCGGAUGGCAAGUUGGUCGUGUGGAAAUUGAACCUGGUCGAUAAAGACGCCGAAUCAGGUACCACCUCAUCCACCUCCUCGCAUCAGUCGAGUGCCGCUACCACCAGUGAGCAGCUGUGUGAGAACAUGUCAGUGAGUCUGUGGUGUGAGAGAGUGAUGGACCACCCUCCUGAAGUGUACUGUCUAGCAUACUUCACGCACCCUCACACUGCAGAUGAGGUGCAUCUGGUCAGUGGAGGGUCAGAUGGAGACAUAAGAGUGUGGCAUUCGGAGACUGGUCACUUGUUGAGAGUGCUCACAGGUCACGUAGGAAUAGUGAGGAAGCUCGUCAUCCAACGAGGACGCCAAUUAAUCAGCACAGGUGAUCAAAGAAGAAUAAUCAUUUGGAACUUGUCUGUUGCCAAGACUAUGCAGAGUGUAAUUGCAACCAAUUCUAGUGAAUCGACAGACAGAAAACAGUUGUUAUUCAGAUCAGAUCCGCAAAGAGUGUUGCAGCCAUUGAUUACAGAUGCGGGCAUAGAUAGUGAGAAAGAAGCAAUCGUUCUGCACAGAAAUCCGAUAUCGAUUGAUAGUUUAUUUGUUGACGACUUCUCAGUGUUCAUCGGGUCACCUGACUAUCCCGGAUCUGUUGGGGCUAUUUUGUUCUGGUGAAAGAAUUUAUGGGGAGGGGGAAUCUAAGACUAUAAUGAUGAAAUAACAACAGGCCGAAUAUGGUUGUUUUUAGGGCUUUUUGGCUCUUUUGGAAAAUUUCAUUUCUAGUCGAUUUGUCUUAAGACCAUGAUAAAAAGUGAAGAUUGU